UCUCAGGCUGCCCAGAGCUGGCUGAUUUUUGGGGUUUGUUCCCUGUUUUCCCUGCUGCAGGAAUGUGGAGGCCGUGUGCCGUUUCCCAGCCCUGCCGGCCCGCAGGCAGCUCAGCUACCAGGCCAAGCAGCUCAUUGCCAGGGAGAUCGAGCUGGAGAAGAUGAGGAGGACAGAGGCACGGAGCCUGGCCCAGGAGCCCGGGAAUGGCCCCGGGGAGGAGCUGGGGGACGCGGAGCCAGCGGGGACCCCCAACCACCAGCAGCGCCUGGAGCACAUCGUGAGGAGAGCGGCCCUGCAGGACAAGCUCUACAUCAGAGACCUGCUCUAGGGGAUCUUCUACAUCUCUACAUCAGGGAUCUGCUCUAGGGGGGCACUUCUACAUCAGGGACCUGCUCUAGAGGGGCACCCCUACAUCAGGGACCUGCUCUAGGGGCACCCCUACAUCAGGGAUCUGCUCCAAGACCUUGCUGAGCUGAGCUGGAGAUGAAGCUGGAGCUGAAGGAUCAGCUGGGUUUGCCUUUCCAACCCAUGGCUGGCCUCUGUGUGUGCCCAUGAUUUUGGGCUAUUAUUAUCUUUUUUAUU